AUGUCGACGCCAAGAUGUACACGUCACACGACCACUUUCACCGAGAAUAUUAUUCGGGUGCCGCUCCCAGACAAAUACAAAUCACCACCCAUUCCACUAUACGACGGAAGGAGCGAUCCGGACGACCACUUGGAGGUGUACACAGGACACAUGGUCCUGCAUGGAUACCCCGAGGAGGUUAUGUGCCGGGCAUUUAGGAAUCACCUUUCCAAUUCCGCGAAGAGAUGGUUCAGAUCCCUGAAGCCAAAUUCCAUCGCCAGCUGGGAUGAUCUGAAGAACGCCUUUUUGACUCAGUUCAUAGGUGUCAAGAAAUACAUCCCGCCAAAACAAAACCUCUCGAGGGUAUACCAGGGACCUAAUGAGUCCCUGAAGGACUGGACAGCCCGGUUCGGGGAACAAGUCACCGCCACUGAGGGGAUCUCCGACGAGGUGGCCUUGAUGGGAGCGCUGUCGAGCAUGAAAAAGGACAUCCCCUAUAGCACAGACCUCGACCGGAGACCGGCCCACACCUACCAAGAGUUCCUGACGAGGGCGCAUGGGUUCAUCAACGCCGAGGAGGCCAAGAAGGCCUUGAAGAGCAAGGCGGCGACCCCUGCCAAGGAAGGGGUGGGACAGACAAGCAGUCAGAACAACGGCAAGAAGUGCCGAGGUCUUCCUCAAGUGCAAGCCGAGCAAAGGUACAACCCGGCUUUGAGUAAUAGGGGCGGCAACACCUCGACGAGCCAGGGGGAAAAUAAGCGGCUAAAGCCGCAGAGAUAUGACGCCUAUAUGCCCUUAAUUAUGGGAAUCGAAGACGUCUACCACGAGAUUAGCCACCUCCAGGUCCUGCGUCGACCACCGCUGCUAAAGUCCGACCCAACACGGAGGAAUCAAAACAAGUACUGUCAGUUUCACGGUGAUAGUGGGCACACCACAGCUGAAUGCUACAACCUGAAGGACGAGGUCGAGAGGUUGAUCCGGGAGGGGAGGCUCAGUGAGUACCGGGCCGACCGACGAAACAACAAUAGGCGCAAUAACGACCGACGGGAAGACCCGAGACAUGACAACCCAGCCGAACCGGUCGGCGUCAUCAGAACGAUCUUUGGAGGACCUUACCUCGGAGGCUCAUCCCGACGUGCACAGAAGGAGUACGCGCGGGAGGCAAAAGAAAAGUUCAGCUAG